CGGCGGGCCCGCCGGCAUGCCUCGCGCCUAGGGCCCGGGCGGCAUGGACGAGCCCCGGCAGGGCCCCGGGGGCCGGGAGACCCCGCCGGGGCAGCUGCAGACCCCCGGGGCCGGGGAGCCGGGGACCCCCGGCCCCCAGGACGCCGCCGGGCCAGGGCCGGGAGCCGCGGGGGGCGGCGAGGGCAAGCCGUCCCCCGCCGGGCAGGAGGAGGAAGAGGAGCUGGACCCCAGGAUUCAGGAGGAGCUGGAGCAUCUGAACCAGGCCAGCGAGGAGAUAAACCAGGUGGAGCUGCAGCUGGACGAGGCCCGCACGACGUACCGGCGGAUCCUGUCGGAGUCGGCCCGGAAGCUGAACGCGCAGGGCUCGCACCUGGGCAGCUGCAUCGAGAAGGCCAGGCCCUACUACGAGGCCCGCCGGCUGGCCAAGGAGGCUCAGCAGGAGACCCAGAAGGCGGCCCUGCGCUACGAACGGGCCGUCAGCAUGCACAACGCCGCCCGCGAGAUGGUCUUCGUCGCCGAGCAGGGCGUCAUGGCCGACAAGAACCGCCUGGACCCCACCUGGCAGGAGAUGCUCAACCACGCCACCUGCAAGGUGAACGAGGCGGAGGAGGAGCGGCUGCGGGGCGAGCGGGAGCACCAGCGGGUGACGCGGCUGUGCCAGCAGGCCGAGGCCCGGGUCCAGGCCCUGCAGAAGGCGCUGAGGCGGCCCAUCGCCAAGAGCCGCCCCUACUUCGAGCUCAAGGCCCAGUUCAACCACGUCCUCGAGGAGCACAAGGCCCAGGUGACGGGCCUGGAGCAGCAGGUGGCCCAGGCUAAGACUCGCUACUCGGUGGCCCUGCGGAACCUGGAGCAGAUCAGCGAGCAGAUCCACGCCCGGCGGCGGGGCCCCCUGGCCCCCCGGGGAUCCCGGCGCACGUCCCCCGUGGGGGCGGAGGCCGCGGGGGCCGCGGGGGCCGCGGGGGCCGGCCCCGCCGCCGACACCCUGAGCCAGCUGAGCCUGCGCACCGUGGCCUCCGACCUGCAGAAGUGCGAUUCCGUGGAGCAUCUCAGGGGCCUGGCGGAGCGCGCCAGCCUGGACGGGCGCCAGCUCAGCCCCGGGGGCCGCGCCGGCCGCGAGGACGCCGGGGGGCAGGGGGCUGCCCGCCACCAGCGCAGCCUCAGCCUCUAGUCCUCCUCUUCCCACCUCUUCCCCCCCUUC